CCGGGCGGCCGGUGACGUCACGGCCCCGCCUCCCUCCUCGGUGUUUAUUAUGUGGGCUUAGCGCAGCAGCAGCAGCAGCAGCGGCGGCGGAUGCUAACUGGCGUUUAGCUCCCGUCGUCAAACAUGCUCUGAUUCCGCAGCGGGCAGCAGGUUCGGAGGACAGAGAUGGCAGUGUGUGCACUGACCAUGUUGGACGGGAUGGAGGGGGAGGUGACGGCAGCCGGCGGCGCGUUGCUCCUGGUCCUGGCCCUAGUCCUGGCCUGGAUCUCGACCAAUGUGGCCGACCGGGGAGACCACAUCCUGGGCACCAUCCUCACCGUGGGCGCCCACGCCUCGCUGAUCGGACUGGGGGGCCACGACAGCUACAGCGGCGGGUCCGCCGGCGCCGACGCCCCCGAGCAGCAGACUCCUCCGCCCUCGCAGGAAAACAAGUCGGAGGACGGCGAGGCGGGGACCGCGAGGGGGGAGGGGGAGGGAGCCGGUGCAGAGGGGCUUCGGACAGACCUGCUGCUGGACAUCCGGAGCAAACAACCGCAGGCUGGGGGUCUACAGAACUCUGAUGAGGAGGAUGACGUUGAUGAUGAUGAGGAAGAGGAGGAGGAUGAAGAUGAGGAGCUGGAAGAGGAAAAUAAAAGCGUUAUAAAGUCUGUCCCAGUUUUGACCCGUACUGUCUCCCCCACAACAACCACCACCACCACCACUACUCCUCCCACUACUCCUACCACCUCCAUGUCUGUCCGACUCAAGUUUUUAAAUGACACGGAGGAGUUGGCUGUUCUGGAACCACAGGAUACUGUAGGAAUACUGAAAAGUAAAUACUUCUCAGGACGGGAGCAUCAAAUCAAACUCAUCUACCAAGGCCAGCUGCUGGAGGACCCCAAGAAGACAUUGCUAUCGCUCAACAUUGCACACAACAGCGUGAUCCACUGCCACGUCUCCCAGGCGCCGCACGAGGCCGGUCCGGAGGAGGGGGCCGAGUCCGGGCCAGGCACAGCGCCCGGGGGGUUCAGAGCCGCAGGCGUGGCCAUCAGUACCAGCAGCCUGGUGGUGCCCGUGUUCGUGGUGAUACUGGCUGUGGUGUGGUACUUUCGCAUCAACUACAGGCAGUUCUUCACAGCCCCCGCGACCAUCUCCCUGGUGGGAGUCACUGUGUUCUUCAGCUUUCUGAUAUUUGGGAUGCACAGCCGCUAAAAAAAAAUGCAGAGAUGGGAUCAAGUGAAACAGAUGAAUGUCUGGAGUUAAGUUGAAAUGACCACAGUGGUUGGGCAAUUGUCUGGAGAGACUGGACUGAUGGAAAAGGUUAAGUUAGCCUGUUUGCGCAUGUGCCGGGAUUUAAAAAAAGAUGAGUGAUUGUACAAUAUAUGUUGGUAAAUAAUAAUCUGCAGUGAGUGAAGUUCUGCUUAAACCAAACCAUAAUUUAGCUUCUCCUCAAAACCCGACUUGGUGGUUCACACCAUGUUUUAAAUACUCCGGCUUUAACUCGUCUGCUCUUUUACUGUCGUUAGUCCGGUUUCUGUGUUUUAUGAAGAAAAAAAAACAAGAAUCUGAAGUCUUUUGGAACCACUCACUGUUGUUGUGUUUGCGCCACUUUGACCAUUAUUACUUCCGCCACAGUGGUUAUGUUUUCACCCAUUGUCCGUUGAUUUGUCGGUUGUUUCGUUAGCAGGAUUACCCAAAAAAUACUGAACGGAUUUCCGCGAAACUUAGUGGAAGGACGGGAUAUGGAUCCGGACAAAGGUGAAUUUUUUAUUUAAGGUUACAAGAUAGGAUGGUUUUUCCCCAGGGAAUCAUUUUGGGGACUGAUAUCUGUGAGUGUGAGCAAUUUGCUGCUGCUUGAUUGGAUUUCCUGGUUGGGCCUUGGCGGAGGUACUGUAUGCACUCAACUGAGUGCCAUAACAUUUUUAAUUUUUUUCUGUUUGUUGGUGAACGAUGUAAGCAAAUAUGAACCCGCUCAGCUGCCUCGGUGCUGUGCUGAGAAAACUUCACGUCUUUUUUUGUUGCGCAAAAAAAUUUAGGAACAGGCUAAUUUAAAUAAUCUCUAGACAUCAAAAUAGACACUUUUUGAGAAGAUAUUGUAAAUAUAUUGUGUAUUUUCUGUAAAUAAAAAAAAGAAUAAAAAGAAAGAAUCUGAUGAACCUGCAUCUGGCACUUAAAAAGAAUUUGGAGCGGAUGUGAAACCCUCCUGAUUACGCUGGACUGCUCUGGCUUCAGUGAUGUCUCAGAUUAAAAGCAUUUCAAACCACA